CAAUGAUUGCUGUAGUCAUGGAACAGUUACUUUAGCGGUAACGGUAGUACUACACCUGCUUUUCCAGAUGAGCUUUCAAAAUUGUUAGAAGGUACGCCUGAAAAAUCAAAUAACUUUUUUGAAAACAUUCGUUAUUAUAACAACUCAUUGUCAUUCGCUUCCUUUAAUGCUAAUUUAGUUAGUUUUCAAUCACGUCGUGUCGGACCAUACUGUUUUAAAAUUCAAGGUCAAGUAUACUACCAAAUUAAUACAGCUUUAUAUCCAUCUCAAAAUGAAAAUCCUGCAUUUGGACAACUUUUUUUCAUUGAUCAAAAUGAAGCCAUAAAUUUCAGAAUGAGUGAAGACUCUCACAUUGAUAAAACGACAAUUUCUAUUUUAGAUAAAAUUAUCAGAGAAAAUAACGUAUUUGCUAAGUCUUAUGCAAUGAUGAAGCAAGAAAUAGAAGAUCAACGUUUAUUAAUAAAUUCCAGUGAAAGAGAACCGGAAUUGCAAUUAUUAUUUUCUUUGAAACCUGGAACUGAUAGAGGUAGAUAUAAUAUUCAAAGAACAAACGAGGUAGCUGCAAUUUUUUUCGACUACUGCUGAUGGAAAAAUUCCUGAAUCAUAUGUAACAAUCAGAAACACACAUAACAAAGAAUUGCAAUGUGUCAGUUCAAUGGAUCCAAAUGUUGAACCGUGGAUAUAUCCUAUUUCUUAUCCUUAUGGAACAUUAGGCUGGCACCGAAAUAUGGAGCGAAUUCGCAUUAAUAACAAUGAUAAUAAUCGACGUGUAACGCGAAUGGCUUACACUAAAUAUAAGAUUGCUAUUAGACCAUUAACAUUUAAUCCUCUCCUUUUGGGUCGCAGAUUAUUUCAGCAAUGGGUGGUUGACUCCUAUGUAAAAAUUGAAAAAGACAGAAUCCAAUUUUGGACAUAAAUGGACAAGUUUCUUCCUGAAUCGCCGAGAUGGUUACUAACGAAAGGCCGGUUACUAGAGGCUAACGAUAUUUUACAUAAUUUAGCUCGAGUGAACGGAACAGAAAUUCCUUCUGAGUUUUGCAUGAAAAUGCACAGUCAAAUAGAACGUCAGAAAUCAAUGAUUUGUGAGGAUGACAAGAGUGGCCCUAAUGUUUUGGAUCUCUUUAAAACACCAAAUAUGCGUUUGAAAACUUGUUUAAUAACACUAAACUGGUUUGCUAACAAUAUGGUUUACGUCGGAUUGUCUUAUUACGGUCCAGCCUUGGGCAACGAGGAACAUUUAAGCUUUUUUUUCUCAUCACUUGCUGAAAUACCUAGUUACUUAGCAUGUUGGUUUGUAAUGGAUCGUUUGGGUCGCAGAUGGCCACUGUGCUUCUGUAUGGUUAUUGCUGGAGCUUCUUGUAUUGCUACUGUAUUACUACCAUCGGAUGCCGUACUGUCGACGUUAAUUUUAUUUUUAUUAUCGAAAUCAGCCAUCUCAGCAUCAUUCUUAAUCAUAUAUCCUUUUGCUGGAGAAUUAUAUCCAACACAAUUAAGAGGCAUUGCAAUCGGUUUUUCAGCGUAUAUCAGCGGAUUAGGAUUAAUUAUUAUACCAUUCGUUACAUACUUGGGUAAAGACAACUUAGUAUUACCAUUGGUUAUUAUGGGUAUUAUUUCCGUAAUAGGAGGAGUUUCCGGUUUACGUCUACCUGAAACGCUGCAUCAUCGGCUUCCACAAACAAUUGAAGAGGGAGAGUCUUUUGGAAAAAAUUGGACAUGCGCAGAUUGUUGCCAGUUUUCACCUUCAAGCUUGCCGAACAAAUCAACAUCUUAUCAAGACUUUUCAUUCUCAGAUGAUAUAGGAUUAGAUAAAGUUCAAGACGCUCUUUUUGGAGACAAGGUUAAACAAAAAAAUUUGCAGCGUUUAGUUAGACAAUCAAGCGUAAUGGAUACUCAAAGAGAUUCAGAUGGAUCCUUAAAAAUGACAUAUUGGUUCUAAUAAUGUAAUGGCAUAUUGUGUUCCAAACGCAUUAAGUGGACUUUUUGAGAUUGAAUGUGGAAUUUGCAGUACAAAGCAAGACGGGAUUACUACAACAACAUUAAGUCAAAAAGCCCAUUAAGCAUUUGGUGCACAAAAUAUUUUAUACAAUGGGCGAACUUAUUUUUGCGUCUUUUCGUGUACCUAUUAAACGGUUCUGACGUGAUUAUUUUUUGACACGACAACUACAAGCUUGUUUAAAUGCAUUACAAAUAAUUAAAGAUUACGUCUUAUUUAAGACAGUUAAAAUAUGUGCGUUGUACUCGAAUUUAAAUAAAUGCAAUAAAAUCAAAAUUUUUUAACUGCGAUCAAUAAAAACUUCUUUGCCUAAAUAUCCGAUUUUCAUUGGUCUUUGUUGAAAAAUGAAUCAUUUGAGGCCCGAUUCAUAGGUACAAAAUACGCGAAAAUCGUUUCCAUGUUAAAUAAAACAAGUAUAUAAAUAAAUAAAACAUUUAUAUUCUUUAAUGCUUAUAGAUAAAAUAUAAACUGAGAAAACAGUCAA